UCAGCUGUUUUUUCUUCUUUUGCUGCUUUUCUUGUUGAGAUUCUAUCUUUUCCUUGUAAUCUGGAGCGCCUUUAAUUUCUGUUUUUUUUUUUGGAGGGAAUUCGUGGUGAAUUUGCGUCAUCUCUGCUGGAAAAUUUGUCCCAUGUUUGGUUUUUCAUAAAAAUUUCCUACCUUGUACAGAAUUUGGUUUGUUUCAUCCCCCAUGAAAUGGAGAUAUCUAACGACUCAUCCAUCAAGAAACCGAAGAGGUUGACAUCAGUUGUUUGGAAUCACUUCGAGAGGGUCAGAAAGGCUGACAUUUGUUAUGCUGUUUGUGUGCAUUGCAACAAGAAGCUCAGUGGCUCAAGCAAUAGUGGAACCACGCAUCUGAGAAAUCACUUGAUGCGAUGUCUGAAGAGAUCCAAUUACGAUGUUUCUCAACUACUUGCGGCCAAGAGAAUGAAAAAGGAUAGUACUGGUGGCCUUGCAAACAUCAGCUUUGAUGAAGGACAGAGAAAAGACGAGUUGAAAUCAGCAAUUGUAAAAUAUGAUCCAGAUCAGAGAAGGGAUGAAGUCGUUACCAUUGCAAGUAGUAAGUUUGAUCAGGAGCGGAGUCAGAAUGAUCUUGCUCGUAUGAUCAUAUUGCACGAUUAUCCAUUGUCUAUUGUUGAGCAUGUAGGGUUUAAAGUUUUUGUCAAAAACAUUCAACCGAUGUUUGAGGUGUUACCCAAUAACGCUGUUGAGAUUUCUUGUAUGGAAAUCUAUGAGAAGGAAAAAGAGAAGAUUUUCGAAACGAUUAACAGAUUGCAAGGUAGAAUUAACGUUUCGGUCGAAAUGUGGUCUUCAACAGAAAAUGUGGAGUGUUUGUGCUUGACUGCACAUUAUAUUGAUGAGGAUUGGAAAUUACAGAAGAAGCUUUUGAAUUUUAUCACACUUGAUUCUUCUCAUACGAAAGACAUGCUUUCGGACGUGAUCAUUAAAUGCCUGAUGGACUGGGACAUUGAUUGCAAGCUAUUUGCACUAACAUUUGAUGAUUGUUCAACCAAUGAUGAGAUCAUCAAGAGAAUUAAAGAACACAUAUCGAAGAAAAGGCCUCUUUUGAGUAAUGGCCGACUAUUUGAUGUAUGCUCUGCUGCACAUAUCCUGAAUUCGAUCGUCGAAGAUGUGAUAGAAGCCAUGAGAGAGGUUAACCAAAAGAUUCGGGGGAGUUUUAAAUAUAUCAGAAGUUCACAAGUCAUUCAAGGGCGGUUCAAUGAGAUGGCCCAUCAAGUUGGGAUCACCAAUCAGAAGAACUUGGUUCCUGACAGUCCCAGUCGAUGGAAUUCAACAUAUUUCAUGCUUGAGGCAGCCUUGGAAUACAAGGGCGCAUUUAAUCUUCUACAGGAGCACGAUGAUUCUUAUACAUCAGCUCUUACUGUUUCGGAGUGGGAAUGGACAACUUGUGUUGCUGGUUAUUUGAAACUUUUCGUUGAAAUCAUGAACAUCUUCUUAGGGAACAAAUUUCCUACUGCGAAUAUAUAUUUUCCCGAGAUCUGCGAUGUUCACAUUCAAUUAAUCGAGUGGUGCAAGAGCUCAGAUAAUUUUCUGAACUCCCUUGCAUCAAAAAUGAAAGCUAAGUUCGAUAAAUACUGGAACAUGUGCAGUCUGGCUUUGGCAGUAGCUGCAGUUUUAGAUCCAAGGUUCAAGAUGAAAUUGGUAGAGUACUACUAUUCGCAGAUUUAUGGUAGCACGGCCUUGGACCGUAUCAAGGAAGUUUCCGACGGUAUCAAGGAACUUUACGAUGCAUAUUCUAUCUGCUUCACAAUGGUUGAUCAAGGUUCAGCUUUGCCUGGAAGCAGUUUACCUGGAACCAGUAAUGACUCUAGGGACAGGCUAAAAGGCUUUGACAAGUUCCUUCAUGAGACUUCUCAAAGUCAAAUUGUGACAUCUGACUUGGACAAAUAUUUAGAUGAACCAGUCUUUCCUCGUAACUGCRAUUUCAACAUCUUGAACUGGUGGAAAGUCCACACGCCAAGGUACCCGAUCUUGUCCAUGAUGGCUCGUGAUGUCAUCGGGACUCCAAUGUCGAGCAUUGCACCAGAGAUGGCAUUUAGCACUGGAGRUCGAGUGCUCGAUCCUGGUCGAAGUUCCUUAAGCCCCAAUACUCGACAAGCUCUAAUAUGUGCACAAGAUUGGCUUCGUAUAGAAUUAGAAGAUCCAAGGCCGUUGUCUACCGCUUCUUACAUUCCGCUUCUGCUCGGACCCAGUUAAAUGUACAAAUAGAUGUACAAAUAGGUGCUGGUGUAAUGUAAGUAUCUCACUCAAUAUCAAUGCUCCGACUCCAGCCUCACCGAAUUGUUUUGCUGUCUUGCCUGUCAUGUUUGGCUGAUGGAUCUUUUAGUUUAUACAAUGGCUCUGAUUGUUUUUGACACCAUAGCCUUCUCCAAAUGAGCUGUGUUGUGCAUAAUGGAACUCUGUUUCUUUUCAGUGUCUGUCUAUAAAUCAGACAAUGGGCAAAAAUUUGUAUGUUUUUCUGGUAAUAAGAACUGUAAAUAUUUAGAUCAGUGAUGUUUUAUGUGUAAGAUUGAUCAUUUAGAAAGGUUCAAUCUUGCAUGUUCUUGGCCUUUUUAUGUUUGUUAGUUUUAGAUAUAUGUACAGAAAACAGAGGCUAAGAGGCCCAUUUUAGUGA